AUCUGGGCGAGUCUUCUCUUUGCGCACUUUAUAUCAGCCGCUAAGAAGUGCUAUGCCCCUGAUGGAAAGACCACUGCCGACUCGAGAUUCCUUCCAUGCAUUGGAUUCGAUAACGUGGAUUCUAUGUGCUGUAGGCUGAAUGAUACUUAUCCGGAUGUUAGUCAAUCGAAUGGUCUAUGUUAUCGGCCUCAUGCAAACAAGUACUACCGAGACUAUUGCACUGACAAGAGUUUCGACAGUCCGAAUUGCUUAAUCAAACCAUAUAAUGACGCUGACUCUCAUAAAAAUCAAGGCAGAGGAUCCUCGAACCACAACACCGAGGUUACCAUAUGCAAAGACGAAUCAUUUUGCUACGGCAACACGAAUGAAUGCUGCACAGAAGAAAAAGAAUUCACCCUCAACCCAACACUCGUCAGUUUCGACUCGAAUGCUACCGCCACUGCGACAGUGACAGCGAUGUCAUCCUUAGAAAACAGCGACACAAAAUCAUCCAAUAAUAUCGCAAUUGGAGUGGGUGUUGGUGUUCAGUUAGGAGUUCUUGCGAUAGCGAUGCUGGGAGCUGGAUUCUGGUGGGGGAGACAAAAUACACGG